GUCUAAGAACAACACUCGCGGAUGUCUAGAGCGAAGAAAUCACAUGUUGUGUUGGAAGACAAGGGCUUUAUAUAGCGGAAUGUGUUAGUACCCAAUCUAUAUUAUAAUCUUUAGCAUUUAUUUAAGCCAUUUUUAUGUGUCUGAAGCAAUCUAAUUUUACGAUUUUACUUGGCGAAAUUACCUGCCUGCUUUGUUGUGUAGGUUAGCUCUAGCUAGUGAGAGGACCAGCCCUACCUCCGCGCAGUGUUCACUUCGGUUCGGGAUAGCUGUGUUCGUGGGCCAACCCAGUUGGAAGUGCGGAGGCUGGCUCAACCGGCUGAACAAUUGCAUUGGCCGUUGAUCGAAGUUGAGUCGAUGUAAGCUUUUGGUUUAUGUUGGAUUACCUGUUGCAAUCGUCCGUGGUGAAAUGGAACUAGGCCAAUUUCACACUUGGUCAGCCGCCCCUUUAAUUGAUUUUUGAUGAUUAAAAAAUGUCAAAAUAUCCUGACAGGUUGACAGUCAUUGACUUGCCAAAAAGCUAGGCCUAGGCUCACUCAUAGCAUAGUAACUCUAGGCCUAGGCUAGGCCUAGUUAUUGGUAAUUCUACAGUCAUGUCAAAAGUGGAGUUGAAAAUUCGUGGAUCACAACUUGGAAUGGCAGGAUUUGAGCAGAAUCUGAAACAACUCAAAGGAUCGCAGCUGAUGAAAAAUUCUGAGUUUAUUGACAUGUUUCGAACAGUAGAAAAAUUCCAUCAUGACAUGAAAUUAUCCUACUUAACUUGCCGAGAUAAAAGCUACUUAGUUCAGCAAGCUGAGGAUGCUCAAUUCUACCACAUCCUGAUUAACAUGAUGCAAGAAAUAUCAAACAUUCGAGGUAUAAAACAAAGAGAGGAAGUCAAGAAACUUUAUCGUUGGUUUAAAGCUAAUCGUGGUGUUUUACACUCCAGUCCGCAUUUCAAAGGAUCAACUCAACAAUUAUACAAGAGGCCAUUGCUAAAGUUUGCCGAUGAUGCUCUUAACUUUUACUCUGUUCCUUUGGACAAGCGGAACAAAAGUCCUAAGAAAGUUAACUUCUCCGACGGGAAAACCUCAGGAUUUUCUACAAACAAGAGCAAUCCUAGACCAGGCAGCAAGGGUAUCAUUAAGUCAUUUGAAGGCCUUGGGGUUAGUCGACCACUUACUGCUCCUCCUGGCCUACACAGGCCUAAGGUUGAAAACAAUCUUCCAUCACCACCCAAGGUAGUUCCCCCUGCAGCAGAUGCCCCCAGCCUGACAGCACACUACCUCAUUCACAAAGUCUCCCCCGGCAAUUCUGAGCAUGAUGUCCGUAAUAGGCCGUCAACAGCCAUUGGCUUGAUAAGGCUUAACAACAGUCCUGUUGAUGAUCUUUCAGGAAGUUCUUCUAAUCCGUCAACAGAUAUAAAUCAAAACACCAAGAAGAGUUUAAAUAUCCCUUCAACAAAUAAUGAGCUCGCCCACGAGUUGCAUUCAACCCCAUCUGAAUAUACCGAUUCAGUAAAUGAGGAAGAUUCUAUUACACAAAAUGGGGAAAAACAGGAAGAAGACCAAAAACUUUCAAAGUUUCCUAUUCCUCAUCUAGUGAACCCCGUCGCACAACAUCAUUUCUUGGAAGAGAACUAUGAUGAUGGGCCUGCACCAGAAAAUGUGUUCACGCUACGUGUGGAUGUUCCAGUUGAUACAGAAGUAGUGCAGUCAGCUGAAAGAGUUUCUGAGUCAAAACUGUUGGACAAGUGGAAGGAAUACCAAGAUUCUCAGACAUAUGGUCAAGACAUCAUUGGCAAGCAUCAGUUUUUUGGGCGGAGCGGUUCCCCUAGUGGUGUCCGGUACACAGUGCAUGAUGGUUGGGAGAGGCCUGAGCUGUAUACCCAGCAGGUUAUAUCAAGCUUUGCAUUGGAGCAAGGACCUCCAAAAGUUGAACAAAGCACCAGAGAAGCCCUCCAUUAUCAAUCGCUUGAAGAUUUUUAUAAGAGUAUGGAGGAUUAUAAACCUGGAAAAAAGUCAUCAGCACAGAAGUUCAAAGUUCACUCAUCCAAAUCAGCAGAACCAAUCAGAGGCUAUAUUGCUGAUGAAAUUGCAGAAGAAAUUCAGAAGAGCGGCAAAAGUCCAACUGGUAAUAGCAAAUCUACCAAGGUGCAUUUUGAAUCAAUUGUUGAUCUGACUGAAAAUGUUGGUGAUGAAAUGACAAACACUAAAGAAAAGCUAUCACCAGAACCAAAAGCAGGCUUUAGACAGCCAUCAGUGGGCGUCAAACAGGAUCGACCACAAACAGCGCCAUCGCAGGCAGCAAGAAUUAUGUUAUUUGAUGCCCCACCUAUUCCACCUCCUAACAGUGCCAGGCCUGCAUCUACAAGCACAAAUUUAUCUGUUGAUUAUACCCCAAGAAACAAGAAAGGGGAGCCUAUUUUUCAGUUACCAGAAGGAACCGAAUAUACUGUUCAUAUACGACCUGAUGAGAGGAACCAAAGCCGAAAUGUAGUACCGCAUGCAAUCCGCCAUGGACAGGUAUCACCACGGGAAACUUCUCGCUAUAAAUGGCAAGAUGAGGGUUUGCGAAAUUUAACAUGUUCUGGUAGUAAAAGAAGUACAGCGUCCAGAUGUUCCCCUAGGUCAGCAGGCGGGAAUAUUCCUGUCAGACGACCCAAGACUGCUGCAGAGGAAUCAAUGAAGAAAAGAUGGAAUACAGUGAGGGAAAGGGAUCACAAUCAACGGGUGCCGCAAGCUGCCAGUCAUGUGACUACAAUGAUGCAACCACAGACCAUAGCUUCGAUGGUCGUUGUCAAUCACCUGGGAACCGAGAAUCGUCGACUAAGAUCAAGAAUGGGUAACACAAGUGGCAUAACCUUAGAAGAAGAGUUCUUUGAUAUCCCAGCCACCAUGGAGUUUGUUCCAUUCAGCAGUCCUGUUCCCUUACAAGUUCGAGGUCACAAUGAUUUUAACAGUGAAAAUCAAGACUUGAAUCAAGUAAGCAGCACACUGAAUACAUCUACAGAUAAGGAUGUUGAUAAUGACUCUUUGUUAGGUCAUAAAGAUGAUUUUAAUAGUAGCAGAGCAAGUACAGCACCCUCUUUGACCUCAGAGAUCGAACAACUUGACAAUGAAAAUAUGAACAAAGACGAUGAAAAUCAAACCAGCUUGAAUGAUACAAGAGAUGAGGAAAUGUCUACAGCUGAUACCAGGAUAACAGAUGAGAUGGAAAAUAAUAAUGAUAAUGCAGAGUCAUUAGCAUUUGAGGCGCCCUCGCCCAUAACAGUAGAAGUACCGUCCGCAAAGCAAGAUGAUGCCGACUUCAGUCCACACUCUUCAGAAUCAGACACAGAAAACAUCGCAGAUAAACGACAUAAUAUUCAAGCGAUAGACAAUUUUGUAGAAUCUUCUGAAAUACUUGAGGUUCAGAGAACACAUUCAAUGGCUGAGACUGAAUUGAAGAAGAAAGAGCAAGAAGACACAAAAGAACCUGGCAACACAGAUGAAGAUGAAGUAUUACAAGAUGCAGUGCAAGCUACGAGACUUCAGAGAGGGCGAUCCUCUCAACGACCUUCAUCUGCGUCAUCAAGAUUAAGUCCCAGAGAUGUUGAAUCAACUUCUAGGCCAUCUACUGGUGGAAGAUUAAGAGAAGUGAAGCUCUCAACAGAUGUGGACAGGAACAGGUUGAGAGUCUACAAUUCAAGUGACAGCUUUAUACCAUCAAUUUAUAUAGGACUUCAAGAUGAGCAUAAGUUGAUGACUCAUCCAACUGGUCUAAGUAAGCCUGCACUUGAAUUUGGUGUUAUGAUGCCACAGGUACAGAAGAUGAUACUGUCGCCACGGGAAAAUCGUCGAGGAAGUCCGGCAAGCAGGCCAUCAUCAUCGAGGCCAAGACGAAACUCCAGCCCUCAGUACAGUAGUAGGGAGGCCUCUCCAUCACCGAGAAGGGAGAUUUUUAUUGGAAUACCGUCAUCUCAUAAGAGCGAUAGUACAAAUUCUUUGAUAAGUGAAGAUCAAUCUAUGGAUGAUAUAACACCAGAUUCACCUUCAAGCGAAGAGCCUUUUUCAAGCCAGGAAUCACCCUCAAGCCGAGAUCGAGUCUGCAGUCAAGAUACACCCUCUAUCCAAAAGCAUGCUACCCCACGAAUACUAAUCAAAAGGCCAUCAUCUGCACCCCUCUUCAAUAACUCUAGGCCUGAUGGUAUGAGUCAAUUUAGACCCGUCUCACCAGCUAGCCAGUCUGAAAGAAGAUCUUUUUCCCCACAUUCAAGUUCAACAUCGCCCGUCGUGGUUCAAGCUUCAUCAGCGAGGGCUAAGCCAAAGGGGAAAGAAUGGAAUGGGAGACCUCUACCCGUGUUUGGAGAGUCCACGGUUGUAGAUGAUGCAGCUGUAGAGAAAAUCAAACAAGCGAAGGAAUCCGUGAAGAUCCGAGAUCUAUUCUCAAGUAAAGCCAGCAGGCAGUACAUGAAGGAGAAAGAACGACGUGAACGAUUAAAAUGGGAGAAAAUGCAGAAAGAAGAUGAGGAGAACUUCAGAACGUACCAAGAACAGCUUUGGCGUAGGGAUAUGGCGCUGUUAAACCGAAGUGACAUUACAUACCACAAUUGGGAGAAGGAAUACAUGGCAGAUAAGGCGUUGCGUGAACGUAUGAGGCUAGAUAAAAUGAACUCCCUCCUACACAAGCAAGGAAUCCAGAAUAAGAAAACCAUGAGCUAUUUGAAGCGCAUUGGACCUCAUGUCGAUGUUUGGGAAUUAUUUCAUGGAGAGAAACGAGGUAUUAGUAAAGGGCAGAUGAAGCGUGCUGUAACAACAAUUCAGAAAUACGUACGUGGGUGGAUUGUACGAAAGAAGCUCAAAGAGGUCAAGUUGAAGUCACGGGUUCAUGCUGCCACGUUUAAGAAGUUUCUGGACUUGUAUUGCGGCAUGAUGAAGCGUAUUGCACACCGCUAUCUCGUCAAGAAACCACGCAUUUACUUCGAUCUUUGGCAGUUGGAUGAAUUUAUGGAAAGAAAAAGACACUAUGAAUAUGUGUUUGCGAAGCGAGCUCAUCCCGGGGACGAGUUGGAAAUGAAGGACCUGGAGAUCUACUUCAAGGAAUGUGAUCACUACCCGUCAAUCACAGAGAUCCAUGAUGCCGUCAGGCAUGUCACCAAGAAAGAUCCUGAGAAACCAGGAUUAAAAUUAAAAGAAGCACAGGUCAUUGAGACGUCUUUUCAAAUUUAUGUGCCGCCUGGAUGUGGAUUAACAACGGAUCAAACUCGCAAAUCAACUUGGCUUAAUCCCCUGGUGAAUGGCGUGGAGGCCAAGAGGCUCAUGGGAAGCUCUGAAGUUGAAAAGGCUCAGUUGAGAAAAUCAAUGUCUCUGGUGUUUGGUGUUUUCAGGGAAAGAAAAGAAGAGGAAGAGUUAAAGAAUUCUGCAGAAACAACUGAUAAUUAAUAAUACUAUAAUGUUAUUGUUGAGAGAUUGUUGUAAAGAAAUAUUCAGAUAAAACAUUUGUAUGUAUAUAUCUAUAUUUUUGUUUAAUUAUGCUGCACAUGAUAAAUACAUUUUGAAUAUACUGCAAUUUAUAUACUUUAAUAUAUGAAUUAUAUUAAUGAAGCUAAUUUUAAUACUUGACUAUAACUUAUAUUUUUAUAUCAAUUUUAUAUAAUACUAUUGAUUUCUUUGAAAUAUAAACCAAUUAUGUUAAUACGUUGUCUAUAAAGAUGUGAAUAUCUUAUGACAGUAUUAUUUAAAGUAAUACAUUGUUUAAAAUAGCUGCUUCAGUUAUAGUUAUUGAUUCUUUGUUUUAUGUGCCUGCUGUUAAAUUUAUAUCCAUUGCUUCUAUAGCUGCAGCAAAUCGUAUAUCUGUUGUGUAUGUAUGUGGCAAAGACAAGCCAAACCAGUUACUUGUUGCCAAAAUUUAUUUUUAAGUUAUAAAGAGUAGAGCUAUGAAAUGGUAAAAGAAUCAUUUAAAUCCGACAUUUCGUUAUGAAGUUACAGGA